UACGUAGUCAUACCUCUUUUCUUGUUUUGUUAUCGUUGGCACUGUAAUUGCAUUUCACUUUCUGGUCAACUUGCUUCAGGACUUCCCCGAUCGCAACGCCUCCCGCGUCCUGAUUCUCACCACCGUCCAUCCGAGCAUACAAUUCAGUCUUCUACGACGCAUAGUCCAAGGGAAAGAUCUCGAGACGACGGAGUACCACAAUGAACAUGUUGGAUCCGGAAAUUUUACUUCUAGAAAGGUGCCAUCCGUCCUCGGGAGGAUAUAUCAUUGCAGUUCUCGGACCUUCCGCAAAUUUCUGGUACAAAGGCACUCAAUUCUCUUCAAGCCCACUUCAGCCUCCUCUCUCAAUCCUAGGUCUACAGGGAAUAUACCUGCCAGGUGUGUUAGCCGAAGAUAACAAGAUAUCGUCUAGGGAUCGGAGGGCCAGCUCGUCGCUGUCUAACGAUAACGAACUUGUUCACGCCGCCUAACGGACCACUCCAUGUCCCUUCCCAGUAAUAUUUCAUUCGGCUCUUACUCUACGUCCAAUGUCAGAGAUGUAAUCAAUUCGUACCGCCGAGCCCAGCUGUAUCUGGCGGAUUCCGUUUCAGCCUCGAACUCUGCUGCCUCAGAUGAGGAGCUUGAGAAUGACAUCGAGCAGGGAUUUGUUGUACCAGACAUCGAUGACGAUUUUGUCAGGACGACUCGACCUCGAGAGGACGGUAUAGAUUAUGAUGCUGUCGUAGGCAACAUGCGAUGGGACGAGGACAUUAGCCCAGGACCACCUACCACUCGCCAAUUCCUGGUGCCCAUUCUUGACCGUCGCGAGACUUCUCAAUCAUCCGCAACCAUUAAGCCUCUUGAAAAUCCGCCUGUUACGCUGGAAGCACGAGAACGGACGCCUCUUCUUCGUAAGAGAACCUCCUUGUCGUUCCAAGAACGACCCAGCUAUACCCAACCAUUGACUGGGAGACUUCCUCCAUCGCCGAGACCAAUGCCUAUAGCCCGCCGCAGCUCGCAAUUGAGUGCUCUCAGUAGAAUAUCAGGUGCCUCAGUUGUGACUGCUAAACAGCUGCCGGGGGGUCAAAGUACAUUUGGACAGACGUUAUUUAAUGCUAUUGCCAUUCUGCUCGGAAUUGGCAUGCUUUCCGAGCCUCUUGCAUUUGCUUAUGCAGGAUGGAUUGGCGGUUCGUUGAUCAUAAUAUCGUAUGGGUUUGUUACCUGCUACACAGGAAAGAUACUUGCGCGCAUCAUCCUGUCGGAUCCAAAAUUGAGGUCUUACUCUGACAUCGGACGAAAGGCAUUCGGCCCAAGGUCUGCGCCAUGGAUCAGCGCUGUGUUUUGUUUGGAACUAUUCACUGUUAGUGUUGCGCUAGUUACCCUUUUUGCAGAUUCAUUAUAUUCCGUCGCUCCAACGUAUUCCUCCAACGUUUACAAGAUCUUUGGUUUAUUCAUCUUUAUCCCCACCAUGCUACUGCCUCUUUCUAUCUUAUCCUAUGCCUCCAUUAUUGGCAUCCUCUCAACACUUCUCAUUGUUGUCGUGAUGUUUAUUGAUGGUCUAUCCAAGAAGGAUGCACCAGGCAGUCUAUGGAACCCUGCUGAUACUAGUCUGGGUAUCGAAGGCGUGGGUGCGCUAGGCCUCUCGUUUGGUCUUUUCAUGGCAGGGUUUUCUGGCCAUGCUGUCAUUCCAUCAUUGGUGAGGGAUAUGAUGGAUCCAUCUCAGUUUGACAAAAUGCUCGACUAUGCAUUUCUUGCUGCUACAUUUAUCUAUGCCGUCAUCGGUAUUGCCGGCUAUCUCAUGUUUGGUAACUCGGUUAGCGACGAGUUCAGUAAGGACCUUAUGAAGAUCCCUGGCUACAACCCAAUUCUCAACCGGGUAGCCCUUUGGGGACUCGUUCUCGCUCCUUUAUCGAAAUAUGCUUUGGCUGCUCGACCUCUCAACAUCACGCUGGAGAUCUUUCUCGGCAUUGACUCUGGAGCAUCUGCACCCGAUGACCAUGGUCUCGUCACUAAGACCUCUGAUGAGGGCGCACCAGCUGUUUCUACGCGCAGCGUGGUCUACAAAAACAUCGCCAUGGCCAUCGAAAGGGUGUUAUUUGCGCUAGCCUCGGUUGGCGUGUCCAUUCUCGUACCAGAGUUUAGCUCUAUGAUGGCAUUCCUCGGUGCUUUCUCAUCAUUCUUACUAUGCGUCAUUGGCCCAAUAUUGGCGAAGAUGGCUUUGAGAGGACAGGUAAAAUGGUAUGAUGCCCUCGUUCUCGCCGUCGCAAUCGUGAUGGCUACCUGGGGCACGGGUGCAGCAUUUUGGUCAACGAGGGAAUAAAAAGAUACCCAAUGGAAUGAUUAUAUCCUUGUAUUUUCACGGCUUACGAUUCUCAUGUACUUAGACAGGAUACUUGAUCUCUUACGAAUCGAUGACUGAUGACCUUUAUCACGGAUUCUUAC